AUGGCGGAUCGGCAGUGCGAAUGGGCCGCCUGCCAGAAGCAGCCCUACUUCGCGCUGGACAUGCGGGAUGCGCCCAAGUUCUGCUACAUGCACAAGUCGGACAUCCAUGUGGAUGUCCGGAAGAAGAGCUGCGAAGCGGACAAGUGCGACGUCAAGCCCAACUACGGGUUCGAGGGAGGCGUCCCUCGCUUCUGCGCGGCGCACAAAGAGGAGGGGAUGCAGAACCUCGCCAGGGGCCGCUGUAAGCAUCCCGGGUGCCUAAAGUUCGCCAGCUGCGGCAAGGAAGGAGGCUCGCCCGAGGUGUGCGGAGACCACAAGACCAACGGCAUGGUCAAUCUCAACGGGAGGCGCUGCGCUCUGCCUGGCUGCAAGACGCACGCGAGCUACGGCAUCGAGGGUACGCGGCCUCGCUACUGCGCCAAGCACAAGACGAUGGACAUGAUGAACCUCGCCAUCAAGAAGUGCGACUUCGACGGCUGCCUAGCACAGCCCAGCUUCAACUUUCCCGGCGAGAAAAAGCCAAGGUUCUGCUCGAAACACGCCCUGGAAGGGAUGGAGGACGUGCUCGACCGCCACUGCGCCAUGUCCGGGUGCGACCGCCAGCCCAUCUACGGCAACAGCGGCGAGAAGACAGGCAGGGCGAAGUGGUGCCCCAACCACCGCCCGGCAAACAGCCACGACGUAAAGACGUCGCGCUGCCAGGUGGAAGGCUGCCAGAAACACCCCAGCUACGGGUUUAAGACCGAUCGCGUGCGUCGGCGCUGCCGCUUGCACCGGCUGGAGGGCAUGGUGGACGUCAAGAGCCCCAAGUGCGAGCUGCCGUCGUGCUACAAGCAGCCGUGCUGCGGCCACCUCGGUGCGAAGGCGAGGUUUUGCUCGGAGCACAAGCAGGAGGGGAUGGUCAACCUCAAGACCCGCGCGUUCCGCUGCAAGCACAGGGGAGAGCCCAAGCCGGACGAGGAGGAGGAGGAGGAGGACACCAGCGGCAAAGGCCGCGGCCGCGGCACCCGCAACGGCAAGGGGGCGCCUCCCAACAAGAAGAAGAGCAGGAGGGCGGUCACUUGCAACCGCGCGUGCCGCUUCGCCUACCCCAACGAGAUGGCCGUGUAUUGCGCCGUGCACGCUCUGGAGGGGAUGGUGGACGUCCUCAACCCGCAGUGCAGCAUGGACGACUGUCUGGAGAUUCCCACGUACGGCUUUGCCGGUGAGCAGCCUACGUUCUGCAUGGUUCACAGCGGCCCCGGGAUGCAGGUUAUCAUGCCGCAGAGCACGAACGUUCUGCACUGGAGCUCGGAGGCGAGGCGGCAGGCGGCCGCCUCGGCGCUGGAGGCCAAGAGGAUAGCGGGCCUGAGGCAGGCCGGGUCAGCCAAGGUCUCCACGCUGCCUCCCAAGAAAGACAUAAACGGGCUCAUGAAGAUCCAGAAGGCUCACAUGAGCGCCGCGAAGAUGGUAGCCGCCUCCAGGGUGUCGGACGGCGGUUUGAACGAUGCCGGCUCGAGCCUUGUACCUACCUCCGACCUGGCGCUUGCCUUCGGCGCGAGCAUGGACGACCCUAUGUCCCCCGCGGGAGGAGAAGACGGGGAUGUCGACGUGUCGGCCAUCUCGUCCACCAUCAACCGCCGCCCGGACCUCGCCGCUGUCGGCAUGCCCGCCGCCGCCGCCGCCGCUUACGCGAUCGAGUCUGUGGCCGGGGGGGGCGUGGCACCGGCAACAACGUCAGCCUCCCGGCUUCCCGGCAUCGACCUAGAGAGAGCCGCCAAUGUGGAACGGGCUGCGACCAUCGCCGCCGCCCUCGCCACCGCCGCGAAGGGAAACCCGUUCGCAUCACGGCAUCGCCGCCUGUCGACCAAGGAGUCAUCGUCGCCGCCGUCGUCGGCGGCAACGGCGAGAGCAGGGGAAGAGGAUAGCGCUACUGUGAGAGCGGCGACGCCUCCGCCGCCGGCAGCGGCAACGGAAGGCGGCGAGGAACGCAGCGCCGCGCGCCAGUCGGAAGACGGCGCAGGCAGCAGCGGCGGCGCUCAGGAGUCCUCGAGAGGGUGCGCCGCGAAGACGAGAAAGGGACAGGGGGGCAAGACCGCGACGCGCACGAGCUCGCGGCGUAAGAAAUCGAAGACGGCGAUAUGACCGUGACCCGUCACGCCACUCCCCUGUUGUCGUAGAGCAGACGCUAGCCGUAGAGAAACGAGAGACCGUCGAUCAACUCGAGUUAUCUCGAGACCUCGAGGAGCGAUUGAUGGCAUUGGCCGGGGUACCCGUGUGGUAGAGAAACGAGAGGCCGUCGAGCAGCUCGAGUUGUCUCGAGACCUCGAGGAGCGAUUGGUGGCAUUGGCGGAGCUGACCCGCUUUCCGGCGGCGUGAGGGUUGGGGCGGGCGGUUCAAGAGCGGCUGUCCGUGCAGCUCCCUAGACGACUAGUGCUGGACACGCGUUUGAGGCUGUGUCCGGUCCCGGCGGGUCUUGUGUACUAUGGUAGGUCCUGCCUGCACUUGGUUUGGGAUUCUUCUGCAGCAGUUUAACCGCACCAAGCACCAUUGAAAAAAAUCCUUCUCCCUCCGCUGGCGGAGGGGGGGAGGGACCCGUGGCCUGUGCGUGCUAGGUUCCUGCUGGAACCGGUACACUCUGUGGAAAAGGAAUCCACAUCCGUCAUCGGCAUCGUAGGUGCAAUGUUACAUGCGCGAGAUCCAUGUGUUUGACCCCUUGAAACAUUGAAGGAGCUCGGCGAACUGUCAAGAGUUUGUCUGGUGGGUUGUUAGUGUUUUUGGUCGCGUUUUCGAUUAUAGGAGGCAGGUGCGCUGAUACAGCUGCAAACUGGGAAUGUAAAGGAGGGAGAGGGUUAGUGGAGGGAUGGCUCCGAAAGAGCUACUGUUAGUGCUGUAAACACCGAGUUGUUGUAGUUGAGGUUGUAUGGUACCGGCGUGACGGAGAAAAAGACUCUGACGAUGUGCAAGUCCGGUUUUGGCUCUCCGCUUCUUCAAGAGAACAACAGGAUGACGAUGCCCGGUACGGCCGUAGCUGGAGGCGCAUGCUAUGUCCAAGGG